GGUUUCACGAAGGCAAUACAUUGCCGAUGGCGCAGGAGAUGAAGGGUAACAUACGUGAUGAAUAUAGAUCCACAGGUCUUUGUGUCUAGCAUUCAGAGAGUCUCCCAGUCACCACUGCUAUCAGAGGUCAUCGAUCUCACUAGGCGACGUUCUUACCAUGAGCGCCUCCGUUGCUGCAACAGCCACGACCCCCUCAAAGAUCUCGUGGAAGAAGUAUUCCAUGAAUACAUCACUAAUGAGAUGCCCAUUCGUCUACUUCAUAUCACCGAAGACGGUGAGAAGAUAAGGGUUCAACUCGUGGACAGAGAUUUCGAGAGGGAGGAUUGUAUCAGAGAGCACGUGAAGAAGGAACUGAAAUAUGCCAUCCUCUCGCAUAGAUGGUUGCCGGAAGAUCAAGAGCCUCCGUAUUCCCAGAUGGCGAAGAAACCGACAGAAGUCCCUGUUGGCCGGGGGCGAGGAUGGAAGAAGCUACAACAUUUUUGCCGUACAGCGAAAGUUGUCCACAACUGCGAUUUUGCUUGGUCCGAUACGUGCUCCAUAGACAAAUCGAACAACUUCGAGGUGGAUGAAUCCAUCCGCUCCAUGUUUCGCUGGUACAGAAACUCCCAUGUAUGCAUCGCCUUCCUUUCGGAAACGGCAGACCUCGCAACUUUUCGACUGCAGGAGAAGGGUAAAAGUGGUGAAGAGGCGGUCGAUGCUUGGUUCGAAAGAGGAUGGACGCUUCAAGAGCUUCUUGCUCCGUCACAAAUCAAAUUCUACGGAGCAAACUGGACGCCCCUCAUCCAAGGCCCCACGAACGACAGAAACAACAGAGACAGCAAAGUCAUCAUGGAAAAGGUAUCAACGCUCACUGACAUCCGUAUGGACGAUCUUGAAUCAUUCACACCUGGCAUCGACCGAGUGCCAGAAAAGAUGUUGUGGGCAUCCAGGAGGCGAACAACUCGCAUCGAAGACAUGGCGUACUCCCUUACCGGAAUAUUCGAUAUCAGCCUCAUGGUCGCAUACGGCGAAGGCAACAGAGCUUUCUUCCGUCUCAUGGAGGAGAUAAUAAAGAGAUACGAUAAAUGGGACGUGUUUCUAUGGAGCGGUCGUUGUUCCCGCUAUAACGCGGCCCUCCCGGAUACUCCGCGUUCCUAUGCUGCGGGAUGUAUUGAAACACUCCGCGACGCAGUUGACCGGGCCGCAAGCUACGAGUUUGGAGAUAGACACUUUGCCUUGACUAAUCAUGGACUCGCAAUUUGGAUGCUCCUAUUGGACGUCGAUGUAGAGGACACCAGUGAAGAGUUGCCUAACUCAAGAUGUCUUUCGUUCAAGCAUGAAUACUUUAGGGUGAAGGCGAGGCACAUUGGCCCAAAGCCCCACGAUACGAAGUGGGCAAUAGGUGUCUUGGACUAUGUCGUAGACGGUGAGAAAGGGUCCAUCGACAGGUUUCAGGGACCAUUUACCGCGUUCCUGCUGUCUUCGAAUAAACAUGCGUCUAUUCAUCUUCCAGCAACUGCCAAGUGGAAGAAGGAGAUGACAAAGGAAGUUGUUAGAAUUCAUUCUUCCGACCGCAUACAAAAAUCCCUGACUCUGUUGUACCUUUAGCAUGACUUUCAUUAUCCAGCCUCGACCUCUAGAUUUUUGUUUGCCUUGUGGGUACAUGCUCUCGAU